GUCCAUCCAGGCACAUUGCAUCAUUACCGAUUUUGAAAACUGAUCAGUUCAGAAUUUAGAUGGGCCGAAACAACUUCCAGAAAAAGAGGAGGCGUCUAGGCCUGAAUAAGCAAGCACGAAAUGACAAUGGGGAGCCUCGCGACGAGUGGAAAAAUCAUAAGCCGUACAAGGAUAUCGUGAAGGAAAACGAGAAGUAUUGGAAUUUCUAUAAAGCUCAGAAUAUCAUCCCAGAAGAGGAGUGGGAUGCAUUCUGUAGCGCGCUCCGCACUGAUCUUCCUGUUUCAUUUCGUGUACAGGGUUGCCAUAAAGAUCGAGAUCGCUUGAUGCACGAAAUGGAAACAAAAUUUUUCGAACCAAUUUCCAAGUCAGAGGAUUCGGAUGUUUAUGCUCCAAUACCGAUACCAUGGUACCCAGGCGCAUAUCAAACGAAGAUGAACAGAACAGCUGUUAGGAGUCACCCUAUCUUGACCCAUCUUCACAACUUUUUGGUAACAGAAGCAGAGAUUGGGCAUAUAUCUCGGCAGGAAGCAGUAAGUAUGAUACCACCGCUUCUUCUCAAUCCAGAAGAGAAUCAUUUUGUCCUGGACAUGUGCGCUGCCCCGGGAAGCAAAACGGCACAACUAAUAGAGAUGAUGCAUGAAAAUACCAAUAACCCAAGUGGGAUGUUGAUAGCUAACGAUGUGGAUAAGAAACGUUGCUAUAUGCUCAUACAUCAAACACUGAAACGAUUCCAUACCGCAAGCUGCGCAGUAAUUUGUGAAGAUGCUGCGAGAAUGCCGGUUUUGAAGGGAAAGGACGGCGAGCCUCUGAAAUUUGAUCGUGUACUUUGCGACGUGAUUUGCAGUGGGGAUGGUACCCUCAGGAAGAACCCAGAAAUUUGGUCGAAGUGGACACCGCAGGAUGCAUUGGGACUACACCGCAUGCAACUUUCUAUCGCACAGAAAGGAGCAAUGCUAUUGAAAGUUGGUGGUCGGAUGGUGUAUUCAACAUGUUCCAUGAAUCCGAUAGAAGAUGAGGCGGUCGUUGCCCAGUUGAUUCGGACAUCGGGUGGCGCUCUGCGAAUAUGUGACGCACACCAAAUGCUUCCCAAAUUGAAGGGACUUCGUGGAAUCUCAUCCUGGAAGGUCUUUGAUCGCGACAUGAACUUUUACAACAAGCCUGAGGAUGUGCCUGAGUUUCUACGGAGGAUCGUUUGUGAUUCAUGUUUUUCUCCAUCAGAAGAAGAAGCGAAGUCUUUGCACCUUGAGAAUUGUAUGCGCAUCGUACCUCAUCAUCAAGAUACGGGUGGAUUUUUUGUGGCUUUGAUAGAGAAGGUCAACGAAGGCAGCUUUAACAAUAUCGUGCCCGUUGGAGCCCCUGCCUACAAAAAGCAGAAGAUGUUCAAGGACGAGCCUUUCACUUUUUUGAAAAAGGACGAUGAGCGGUGGUCGGACAUCAAAACUCACUAUGGUAUUCGAGAUGAUUUUGAAUACGAAAAUUUGUUCAGUCGUCGUUUAGCAGAAAACGAUAUGAAUUGUCGGCAAUUAUUCUACGCCAACGCAGCUGUUAAAGAUUUUGUGUUGCGUAAUAUGACAAGUGUGUCAAUUCAAAAUGCGGGUAUGAAGAUGUUCAGUCGAAAUGAGCAAAAAGUCGAAGCGACACGAUUCCGUCUUUCACAGGAAGGUAUUCGCCACCUUCUUCCUUAUAUGGAUAAACAGAUAGUCGAAAUUAGUCAAGAUGACAUGCUGAAAAUCUUAAAAACGGAGGAGACAAUGGUUCCUUUGGAAUCUCUCCAAUGUAAGGACGACAUACGUGCACAAAGCUCUGGAAGUUUGGUACUAUACACAGAUCGCGCCGAUCCAGUCUGUACAUGGGUUGGAUUCCAUACUGUAGCUCCUUACGUUGGAAAAGAAGAGCGUGUGCACAUGUUACGCAUGAUGGGGGUUGACUGUUCUGAGAUCGAAAAUAUGAUGCGGUCAAAGCGAAAGCAGAAGGCAGCGGCAGAUCGAACAAUUGCAGAAUCUGAAAAUACAGUCCCAAAUGCUGCGGAUAGUACCGAGAACGUUGACAAUUCGUCAACCGCUGAUGAAGCUGGUGCUGAUGGUAGUAAAACAAGUAUGCGAAAGGAGUUGUUGGGAUGCGGAUUAUCAGAAGAUGGCCAGCUUGGACUAGGUAGUCGAAGUGCGGCAUGUGUCAAGCUUCCGGAGCAGAUAGUUGGAGCACCUCUUGACGACGCGGGCACAGCGGUGCUGAGCGUUGCAUGUGGAGAGAAGCAUACUAUAUUACUUGCUGAAGAUGGCAAGAUGUGGAGUGUUGGGGGAAAUGAAGACGGUCAGCUCGGAAGGGGAGGGCGUGGACCCGGCAGUUUCACUAUCUAUCCUGUAUCUUUUAGCGGUGGUGUGAGAAUGCUGCAGGUAGCAGCUGGUCGAGCACAUUCUUUAGCAGUCGCAGAAGAUGGUAGAUUGUUUGCUUGGGGCAGUAAUGAACAUGGUCAGUUGGCAAUGCCACGCCACAUUUCAUGGCAAGAAACUCCGAAGUCGGUUGCUUGCGGACCACGUCACUGCAUUGCGCUGCUUGAGAGCGGUACUGUGGCAGUUUGGGGAGAACAAGGUGAUGGCGCUAUUAUGCAUUCUCCGCAGAUCGUCAGUCAGCUCAUUGGAGUCCCUGUUGUAAGAGUUGCCGCUGGAGGGCGCCAUUGUGUUGUUGUUUCUGCCGGCGGUGGCGUAUAUGUAUGGGGUUACAAUGAAUAUGGUCAACUGGGUACAGGAGAUACCCGUCCUCGUCCUACCCCAUUUUUCUUGGAAGGAAUGAGCGCAAUGCAUAUAAUCGAAGCUUAUUGCGGUGACUCGCACACUCUUCUGCUUUCUAAAGAAGGAAGACUUUUCGCUUUUGGCUCAGAUGCUCAUGGUCAAAUAGGCGGCGGGAACAAGUUCGACAAACAUCUUAACCCAGCAGCAGUGCCAGAACUGAUGGGAAGUACUGUGACCAGAGUAGCAUGUGGGCGGAAUCACUCCGUUGUCGUCAUUGGUGGACGUUUAUAUCCGUUUGGGCAAAACGCAAAUGGACAGCUUGGCAAUGGAUCUGCAGUGAAUCAGCUGAUUCCACGACAAACUGAAGAACUUGACCAUGUCGUAGCUGUUUUCGCCGGCUUUGAUCAGACGUUCAUCCUUCGUUCUCUUGGCACGCCUGCACUGGCAGCCGGUCCUAAUUGUCCACUCAGGGCUCCUCUCUUUCUGUGUAAGAACAGUGUGAUUGACUUACUAUCUCGUCAUGAAAAACUCGAUUUAAUAGGCCUCUUGGAGUCUGUUUUCUCAUCCGUGAGUUGUCUAAAUGGGUCGUUUUUGUAUGAAGACGAUCGACGUUUUCUCUCCGAGAGCCGAGUUUUCGGUGUAAAUUUGGACGAUGCUAUGGAGACUUUUACUGCUCUGGGAGAAUCAUCUGACGCUCGGCAGUACGGAGAACUGCUCGUUGACACUUGCCAAAUGUCCGUUUUUUCUGAUGACUUCAAUCCAACCAACAUAUGCUCGGUUGAAUCUCUUCGAGUUUACCUAAUACUGGUGUGGAUUCAUCCUUUUGCUACAAAUGUUACUCGUGAUGUUGUCACUCGCCUACACUUACCGUUCGCAGAAUCCAUAUCUAAGCUCAGACCAGCUUAUCGGAAUGCUUUAGAAAAGUGGUGGGUUGUCUUACCUGUGAGACAUUUCAAUCGUCUUGCAACAGCUAUGCUCGCAGCUGUCCGAUGUUUAGUCAGAGACAAAGUCAAUCCUAGUGAAUGUCGGUCAUUUCUAGAAAUUCUUUCCUCGCUUUGUGCUAUAAACAAGGUUACGAACAAAAUACCUCUGGAAAACUUCUACAUUGACGAACUUGCUGACAAUUACAACCUGAAAAUGGAUUAUGUGAACUGGGCACGCGCACAGGAAGGUGGUCGGGAAGCAUCCGUGACCUGUUGGUCCAACUAUCCGUUCAUAAUGAAUGCGGCUGCCAAAGGGGAGCUUCUGUACGUGGAAGCAGUGAUGUCUAUGCAGACAUCUAUGAAUGGUGCUCGAUUAACAUUGUUCGGCUUCGAUCUCUUCGUGGAGCAGCCGUUUUUCGAAUUGACUGUACGAAGGCAACAUAUCGUCCAAGACACCAUAAAUGGCCUGCUUUCUAUUGAUAAGCGAUACUUGCAACGGCCGCUGAAAGUGCAAUUCAUGAGUGAAGAAGCGGAAGAUGCUGGUGGUGUAAAGAAGGAAUUCUUCAUGAUUUUAUUCCAAAAGUUGCUGCAAUCCGACUACGGAAUGUUCGUUGAGGAUCCUGACUCUCAUUUAGUCUGGUUCAGUGGAUAUGAUAUAGAAGAAGUGAAUUAUUACAAAAUGGUUGGCAUACUGUGUGGACUUGCUGUUUAUAACUGUGUACUAGUCGCCUUUCCCUUUCCAUUGGCAUUAUAUAAGAUACUUCUUGAUCAACAACCAGUGUUAGAGGAUCUGACCGAGUUGAGCCCUGUGGAAGGGCGGAGUUUGCAAGAACUACUCGAUUAUCAGGGCGAUGACUUUGAGGAGGUGUUUUGCCUGAAUUACACAAUUAGUUACGCUGCGUUCGGUAGCACAGAAACAGUGGAUCUGAAACCCGGAGGAGAAAAUAUUCCCGUAACACAGGCAAAUAAGGCUGAUUAUGUACAGCGAUACGUUCAUCAUCGACUUUGCGUUGGACGAAAUGGUGAAGUUGGACGUCAAGCGGCAGCGUUUCGUGAUGGGUUCAAGAUGGUGUUGAAUAGUCGUAUCGUCGCCUUCUUCCAGCCCAGAGAACUCAUGGAACUAGUUAUUGGCAAUGAAAACUACGACUGGUCGGAAUUGCGCAAGAUCGUUCAGUACAAAGGCGAAUAUCAUGCGAAACAUCCAACAAUUCUUGCGUUUUGGGAAGCCUUCUUUGGACUUACUGUGGAAGAGCGGAAGCAAUUUUUGCAAUUCCUGAUGGGAUCGACUCGUUUGCCCGUCGGCGGCAUGUCCUCCCUACAGAUGUUCAUCCAGCCAUCCGCGCCAGAAAUAGCAAGGAGCUGCUUCGUCGAUUACGACUUUCGAUUCAACACACGCAGGGCUUCACUCUCGUCUGAGAACGGAUAUUUGGAAUUCCGGUCUUGUGACGUACUCCCAGAGCAAACUUUGAAAAAAGGAAAGCGAGAAUCCAAUACCGCCUGA